AUGGAGACCUUCCGUGGCAUCCCAAUCUCCAAGAUUCGCGAGUACUACAUGCGGGAAGGUCACAGAAACGAAAUGUUCUCCUCCAUGAUCGCCGACGUAAUUGAAAGCAACCCCGACUUCCGUUUCGAACUCGAAAGAGUACAACAGCCUGAACAACAAGAACAACGCAUCUGGGAACUUGACAGCGACGAAGAAGACCCUACCGAAGAGGAAAAAGAGAAGAAGCGUGCAAAGAACAAGAAGAAGUAUCUGCGCAAGAGGGAGAAGCAGCAAGCUGAGAAGGACAAGCGCGAGGAGUGGAAGGGUAAGGAGAAGGAUGGUGUUGAGCAGGGUCUUGCUGGUUUGGCUAUCCAGGAUACUGUUUCUACUCCUAUCGCCACCGCCGAGACUCGCGAGCUGAGCAGUGGUCAUGGCGACACCGCUGCUGCUGUUACUGGGACUCCUCUUGAACAGCCCAAACUGUCGAAGCGCCAGAAGAAGACUCUACUCAAGAAAGCCAAGCAAGCCCAGAACAAAACCUCGACCCCUGAGCUCGUUGGUUCAUCUACCACUAGCGAUUCUACUUCCAUCUCCAACGAAACCAAGUUCGGAUUCGUCAACCAUGACGACAGGAAGAAGAGAAACAAAGUUGAUGGCGGUGGUCACAAGGAGUCUGAGCAUGAAGACAACGAGAAGGAAGCUGCUACUGAGUCUGAAUUUGAGGCUGUGAUGGACACUGUCGCCAAGCGUUUCGGUCAGUGA